GUGUGCAGUUCGCAGUCCGCUUUGGUUGUCCACUUCCUCUGCAUCCUUUUCCUCAUCAUCUCAGCAAAUGUAGGUGAUGAGCCGCCCGACAGCCACCGCACUAAACUGGAAGAAGUGCAGAUUUGAUUUCCCCGGGCAAGCAGCUUUGCAAACUUGCAAGCGAAUACCAGAUGAACACAAUGAUGUGCAGAAGAAAACCUUUACCAAAUGGAUAAAUGCUCGAUUUUCAAAGAGUGGAAAACCACCCAUCAAUGAUAUGUUCACUGACCUCAAAGAUGGAAGGAAGUUAUUGGAUCUUCUAGAAGGACUCACAGGAACAUCACUGCCAAAGGAACGGGGUUCCACGAGGGUACAUGCCUUAAAUAACGUCAACAGAGUGCUGCAGGUUUUACAUCAGAACAAUGUGGAAUUAGUGAAUAUAGGAGGAACUGACAUUGUAGAUGGAAAUCACAAACUGACUUUGGGACUACUUUGGAGCAUCAUUUUGCACUGGCAGGUAAAAGAUGUCAUGAAGGACAUCAUGUCAGACCUGCAGCAGACGAACAGUGAGAAGAUCCUACUGAGCUGGGUGCGGCAGACCACCAGGCCCUACAGCCAAGUCAACGUCCUCAACUUCACCACUAGCUGGACUGACGGACUUGCCUUCAAUGCUGUGCUCCACCGACACAAGCCGGAUCUCUUCAGCUGGGAUAGAGUUGUCAAAAUGUCCCCAAUUGAGAGACUGGAACAUGCCUUCAGCAAGGCUCAGACUUAUUUGGGAAUUGAAAAGCUGUUAGAUCCUGAAGAUGUUGCUGUUCAGCUUCCUGACAAGAAAUCCAUAAUUAUGUAUUUAACAUCUUUGUUUGAGGUGCUACCUCAGCAAGUCACAAUCGAUGCCAUCCGAGAGGUUGAGACGCUCCCAAGGAAAUACAAGAAAGAAUGUGAAGAGGAAGAAAUUCAGUUACAGAGUACAGCAGCAGAGGAAGAACAUCAGAGUCCCCGAGCUGACACCCCCAGCACUGUCACUGAAGUGGACAUGGAUCUGGACAGCUAUCAGAUAGCACUGGAAGAAGUACUGACCUGGUUGCUUUCUGCAGAGGACACCUUUCAGGAGCAGGAUGACAUUUCUGAUGAUGUGGAAGAAGUCAAAGACCAGUUUGCCACCCACGAAGCUUUUAUGAUGGAGCUGACCGCACACCAGAGCAGCGUGGGGAGUGUCCUGCAGGCGGGAAACCAGCUGAUCACACAAGGCACCCUGUCAGAUGAAGAGGAGUUCGAGAUUCAGGAACAAAUGACCCUACUGAAUGCGCGGUGGGAGGCUCUCCGGGUGGAGAGCAUGGAGAGACAGUCCCGGCUGCAUGACGUGCUGAUGGAAUUGCAGAAGAAGCAGCUGCAGCUGCUCUCGGCCUGGCUCACCCUCACGGAAGAACGCAUUCAGAAGAUGGAAACCCGCCCCCUGGACGAUGAUGUACAGUCCCUGCAGAAGUUGCUUGAAGAACAUAAAAGUUUGCAAAAUGAUCUUGAGGCUGAACAGGUGAAAGUAAAUUCCUUAACCCACAUGGUGGUAAUUGUUGAUGAAAACAGUGGUGAGAAUGCAACAGCUGUUCUGGAAGAUCAGUUACAGAAACUUGGUGAGCGUUGGACAGCCGUGUGCCGUUGGACCGAAGAGCGUUGGAAUAGGUUACAAGAAAUCCAUAUCCUAUGGCAGGAACUGUUGGAAGAACAGUGCCUGUUGAAAGCCUGGCUUACCGAAAAAGAAGAGGCUUUGAAUAAAGUCCAGACAAGCAACUUCAAAGACCAGAAGGAGCUAAGCGUCAGUGUUCGACGUCUGGCUAUUUUGAAGGAAGAUAUGGAAAUGAAACGCCAAACAUUGGAUCAGCUGAGUGAGAUUGGCCAGGAUGUGGGUCAGUUACUUGAUAAUCCCAAGGCAUCUGAGAAGAUGAACAGUGACUCGGAGGAGCUGACUCAGAGAUGGGAUUCUUUGGUUCAGAGACUAGAAGAUUCCUCUAACCAGGUGACUCAGGCUGUAGCAAAGCUGGGGAUGUCCCAGAUUCCUCAGAAGGAUCUUUUGGAGACGGUUCGUGUAAGAGAACAAGUAACUACCAAAAAGUCUAAGCAGGAACUGCCGCCACCUCCUCCCCCAAAGAAGAGACAGGUCCACGUGGACAUUGAAGCUAAGAAAACGUUUGAUGCUGUAAGUGCAGAGCUGAUGAACUGGAUUCUGAAAUCAAAGACUGCCAUUCAGAGUUCAGAGAUAAAAGAGUAUAAGAAGAUGCAAGAGACUUCAGAAAUGAAAAAGAAGUUGAAGGGAUUAGAAAAAGAACAGACAGAAAGACGCCCCCAGCUGGAUGAAUUAAACCGAACUGGACAAAUCCUUUUGGAACAAAUGGGAAAAGAGGGUCUUUCUACUGAAGAAAUAAAAAAUGUUCUGGAGAAGGUUUUAUCAGAGUGGAAGAAUGUAUCUCAGCAUCUGGAGGAUCUGGCCGGAAAGCUUCAGCUUCAGGAGGAUAUCAAUGCUUAUUGUAAGCAGAUUGAUGAGCUUGAAAAGAUCGUAAAGAAGAAGGAGGAGUGGGUACAACACACGCCCUUUUCUAAAUCUCCCCAGCAGUCCUUGGCAAGUUUGAAGGAUUCCUGUCAGAGGGAACUCAACAGUCUCCUUGGCCUCCAACCCAAAAUUGAAAUGGUGCGUGCAAGCUGCUUGGCCUUGAGGUCUCGGCCUUCGGUCCCAGGUUUUGUCCAGCAGAGCUUGGAUGGCUUUCUGGGCCACUACCAGGCUGUGCAGAAGGAUUUAGAGCAUCUUCAACAACAGCUAGAGAAUGAAUUGAAGAGCCAGCCGGGACAAGCAUAUUUGGAGACACUAAAAACACUAAAAGAUACACUAAGUGACUCAGAAAAUAAGGCCCAGAUGUCUCUCAAUGCUCUGAAUGAUCUUGCCAAGAUGGAGAAGGCCCUGCAAGAAAAAAAGGCCCUUGAUGAAAUCCUUGAGAAUCAAAAACCCACGAUAUGUAAACUUGCAGAAGAAACAAAGGCUUUGGAGAAGAAUGUGCUUCCUGAUGUAGAAAAAAUGUAUAAGCAAGAAUUUGAUGAUGCCCAAGGAAAGUGGAAUAAAUUAAAGGCCAAAGUUUCCAAAGAUCUACAUUUGCUUGAAGAAAUUACCUCCAAACUCAGAACUUUUGAGAGAGCCAAAGAGGACGUGUUGCAGAAGGAGGUGAGAGUGAAGAUUCUCAAGGACAACAUCAAAUUAUUAGCUGCCAAGGUGCCCUCUGGUGGCCAGGAACUGACGUCUGAGCUGAACGUGGUGCUGGAGAAUUAUCAACUUCUUUGUAAUAGAAUCCGAGGAAAGUGCCACACACUAGAGGAGGUGUGGUCUUGCUGGAUUGAACUGCUUCACUAUUUGGAUCUUGAAACCACCUGGUUGAACACUUUGGAGGAGCGGGUGAAGAGCACAGAGGCGUUGCCAGAGAGGACAGAUGCAGUCAAUGAAGCCCUAGAGUCUCUGGAAUCUGUUUUGCGCCACCCAGCCGAUAAUCGCACCCAGAUUCGGGAACUUGGCCAGACUCUGAUUGAUGGGGGGAUCCUAGAUGACAUCAUCAGUGAGAAACUGGAGGCUUUUAACAGCCGCUAUGAAGAUCUGAGUCACCUGGCGGAGAGCAAGCAGAUUUCUUUGGAAAAACAACUCCAGGUCCUGCGGGAAACUGACCACAUGCUUCAAGUGUUGCAGGAGAGUUUGGGGGAGCUGGAUAAACAGCUCACCACGUAUUUGACUGACAGGAUAGACGCCUUCCAGGUUCCUCAGGAAGCUCAGAAAAUUCAAGCAGAGAUCUCAGCCCAUGAGCUCACUCUAGAAGAGUUGAGAAAGAAUCAGCGUUCCCAGCCCCCGACCUCUCCAGAAGGCAGGUCUGCUAGAGGAGGAAAUCAGAUGGACAUGCUACAGAGGAAACUUCGAGAGGUGUCUACCAAAUUCCAGCUUUUCCAGAAGCCUGCUAACUUUGAGCAGCGCAUGCUGGACUGUAAGCGUGUGCUGGAUGGUGUGAAAGCUGAGCUUCAUGUUCUGGAUGUGAAGGAUGUAGACCCUGAGGUCAUCCAGACCCACCUGGACAAGUGCAUGAAACUCUAUAAAACUUUGAGUGAAGUUAAACUUGAAGUGGAGACUGUAAUCAAAACAGGGAGACACAUUGUCCAGAAGCAACAAACGGACAACCCUAAAGGGAUGGAUGAGCAACUGACCUCUUUGAAGGUCUUGUACAAUGACCUGGGUGCUCAGGUGACAGAGGGAAAGCAGGACCUGGAAAGAGCAUCUCAGCUGGCCCGGAAAAUGAAGAAAGAGGCCACCUCCCUCUCAGAAUGGCUCUCUGCUAUUGAAGCGGAGUUGGUACAGAAGUCCACUUCGGAAGGUGUGCUUGCUGACUUGGACACGGAAAUCUCCUGGGCUAAAAAUGUUCUGAAGGAUCUGGAAAAGAGAAAAGCAGAUUUAAAUGCCAUCACAGAGAGCAGUGCUACACUCCAGAACUUGGUCACAGGCAGCGGGCCUGACCUGGAGGAGAAGCUGUGCGUCCUGAGCGCAGGGUGGAGCCGAGUUCGCACCUGGACAGAGGACUGGUGCAAUACCUUGAUGAACCAUCAAAACCAGCUGGAAAUAUUUGAUGGAAACGUUGCUCACAUAAGUACCUGGCUUUAUCAGGCUGAAGCUCUGUUGGAUGAGAUUGAAAAAAAACCAGCGAAUAAACGGGAAGAAAUCGUGAAGCGUUUAAUAUCUGAGCUGGAUGAUGCCAACCUUCAGGUUGAAAAUGUCCGUGAUCAAGCCAUUAUUUUGAUGAAUGCACGUGGAAUUGCAAGCAGGGAGCUUGUAGAACCAAAAUUAGCUGAACUGAAUAGAAAUUAUGAAAAGGUGUCUCAACAUAUCAAAAGUGCCAAACUGCUUAUUGGUCAAGAGCCACUGUCGUACCAACAUUUGGUUACCACCGAAGCAUUUGAAGCUGGUGUGCCUUUCUCUGACUUGGAAAAAUUAGAAAAUGACAUAGAAAGCAUGUUAAAAGUUGUGGAAAAACACUCGGAAUCCAGUGAUGAUAAUGAAAAGAUGGACGAGGAGAGAGCCCAGAUUGAGGAAGUUCUACGAAGAGGAGAACAAAUGCUCCAUCAGCCUAUGGAGGACAAUAGGAAAGAAAAGAUCCGUUUGCAGUUGUUACUUUUGCACACAAGAUACAACAAAAUUAAGGCUAUCCCUAUCCAACAGAGGAAAACAAGUCCACUUGCUUCUGGAAUGAGAUCAUCACCUCUCCCCUCGGAUUAUCUGGUUGAAAUUAACAAAAUUUUACUUACAAUGGAUGAUGUGGAAUUAUCACUUAAUAUUCCUGAGCUAAAAAACACUGUCUAUGAAGACUUCUCUUUUCAGGAAGACUCACUGAAGAAUAUCAAAGACCAACUGGACAAACUUGGGGAGCAGAUUGCAGUUAUUCAUGAACAGCAACCAGAUGUUAUUCUUGAAGCCUCGGGACCUGAAGCCAUUCAGAUCAGAGAUAUGCUGACUCAAUUGAAUGCAAAGUGGGACAGAGUUAAUAGAAUGUACAAUGAUCGUAAAGGUCAUUUUGAUAGGGCUGUGGAAGAAUGGAGACAGUUCCACUGUGACCUGAACGACCUCACACAGUGGAUAACGGAAGCUGAAGAGUUACUGGGGGACACCUGUGCUCCAGAUGGCAGCCUGGACUUAGACAAUGCCAGGAUGCAUCAGCAGGAGCUUGAAGAGGGCAUCAGCAGCCACCAGCCCAACCUGGUCUCAGUCAAUCGAGCUGGGGAUGGGAUUGUGCAGAGACUGUCCCCAGCAGAUGGAAGCUUCCUGAAAGACAAGCUGGCAGGAGUCAACCGACGUUGGAGCGCAGUCGUUGCUGAAGUGAAGGAUAGGCAGCCCAGGUUAAAAGGAGAAAGUAAACAAGUGAUGGGGUAUAGAAAAAAGCUAGAUGAGAUUAUCUGUUGGUUAAUGAAGGCUGAGAAUACUGUGCAAAAGAGAUCAACUACAGAGCUGGAAGGAAACCUACAGGAAUUAGCAGACUUAACCCAAGAGAUGGAAGUAGAAGCCGAAAAACUCAAAUGGCUGAAUAGAACCGAACUGGAGAUGCUCUCAGAUAAAAGUCUGAGCUUACACGAAAGAGAGAAACUUUCAGAAAGCUUACGAACUGCAAACUCUACUUGGAAUAAGAUAUGUAGAGAAGUGCCCAGUAUACAGAAGGAGCGCAUCCGGGAGCCUUGUUCUGCUUCACAGACGAGGAUUGCUGCUCACCCUAGUGUCCAAAAGGUGGCGCUAGUAUCCUCUGCAUCAGACAUGUCCGUUCACCCUCAGCGUACCUCAGAAAUCUCGGUUCCUGCUGAUCUGGAUAAAACCAUAACAGAACUCGCUGACUGGCUGGUAUUGAUUGACCAGAUGCUGAAGUCCAACAUCGUCACUGUUGGGGAUGUGGAAGAGAUCAAUAGGACUGUUUCCCGAAUGAAAAUCACAAAAGCUGACUUAGAACAGCGCCAUCCUCAGCUCGAUUAUGUUUUUACGUUGGCACAGAACUUGAAAAACAAAGCUUCCAGUUCAGAUGUGAGAACAGCAAUCACAGAAAAAUUGGAAAAGGUAAAGAACCAGUGGGACAGCACCCAGCAUGGGGUGGAUCUGCGUCGGCAGCAACUGGAGGACAUGAUUGUGGACAGUCUUCAGUGGGCUGACCACAGGGAGGAGACGGAGGAACUGAUGAGAAAAUACGAGGCUCGACUCUACAUGCUCCAGCAAGCCCGGAGGGAUCCGCUUUCCAAACAGAUCUCUGAUCAUCAAAUGUUGCUUCAAGAACUGGGUCCUGGCGAUGGUGUCAUCAUGGCAUUUGAUAAUGUCCUGCAGAAACUGCUGGAGGAAUAUGGUAGUGAUGACACAAGGAAUGUGAAGGAAACUACUGAGUAUCUGAAAACAUCAUGGAUCAAUCUAAAGCAAAGCAUUGCUGAUAGACAGAGUGCCUUGGAGGCUGAGCUGAGGACAGUGCAGGCCUCUCGCAGAGAUCUGGAGAACUUUCUAAAGUGGGUCCAAGAAGCAGAAACCACCUUGAAUGUGCUUGCGGAUGCCUCUCAGCGGGAGAAUGCUCUGCAGGACGGGGUCUUGGCCAGGGAACUCAAACAGCAGAUGCAGGACAUCCAGGCGGAAAUUGAUGCCCAUAACGACAUAUUUAAAAGCAUUGAUGGAAACAGGCAGAAGAUGGUAAAAGCUUUGGGAAACUCUGAGGAGGCUACUAUGCUUCAGCAUCGACUGGAUGAUAUGAACCAAAGAUGGAAUGACUUGAAAGCAAAAUCUGCUAGCAUAAGGGCCCAUUUGGAGGCCAGUGCUGAGAAGUGGAACAGGUUGCUGGUGUCUUUAGAAGAACUGAUCAAAUGGCUGAAUAUGAAAGAUGAAGAGCUUAAAAAACAGAUGCCUCUUGGAGGGGAUGUUCCAGCCUUACAGCUCCAAUAUGACCACUGUAAAGCACUGAGACGUGAGUUGAAGGAGAAAGAGUAUUCUGUCCUGAAUGCAGUGGAUCAAGCUCGAGUUUUCCUGGCUGAUCAGCCAAUUGAGGCCCCUGAAGAACCAAGAAGAAGCCUACAGUCAAAAACAGAAUUGACUCCCGAGGAGAGAGCCCAGAAGAUUGCCAAAGCCAUGCGUAAGCAGUCUUCUGAAGUCAAAGAGAAGUGGGAAAGUCUAAAUGCUGUCUCUAGCAACUGGCAAAAGCAAGUGGACAAGGCCUUGGAGAAACUCAAAGACCUGCAGGGUGCCAUGGAUGACCUGGAUGUGGACAUGAAGGAGGCGGAGGCCGUGCGGAAUGGCUGGAAGCCAGUCGGUGACUUGCUCAUUGACUCACUGCAGGAUCACAUCGAAAAAACCAUGGCAUUUAGAGAAGAAAUUGCACCAAUCAACUUAAAAGUUAAAGCAGUGAAUGAUUUGUCCAGCCAACUAUCUCCACUUGACCUGCAUCCAUCUCUUAAGAUGUCUCGCCAGCUGGAUGACCUUAAUAUGCGAUGGAAACUUUUACAGGUCUCUGUGGAGGAUCACCUUAAACAGCUUCAGGAGGCCCAUAGAGAUUUUGGACCAUGCUCUCAGCAUUUUCUCUCUACUUCAGUCCAGCUGCCGUGGCAAAGAUCCAUUUCACAUAAUAAAGUGCCCUAUUACAUCAACCAUCAAACACAGACGACCUGUUGGGAUCAUCCUAAAAUGACCGAACUCUUUCAAUCCCUUGCCGACCUGAAUAAUGUACGUUUCUCUGCCUACCGUACAGCAAUCAAGAUCCGAAGACUGCAAAAAGCACUAUGUUUGGAUCUCUUAGAGUUGAAUACAACAAAUGAAGUUUUCAAACAGCACAAGCUGAACCAAAAUGAUCAGCUCCUCAGCGUUCCAGAUGUCAUCAACUGUCUGACGACAACUUACGAUGGACUUGAACAAAUGCACAAGGACCUGGUCAACGUGCCACUCUGUGUGGAUAUGUGUCUCAACUGGUUGCUCAAUGUGUAUGACACGGGUCGGACUGGAAAAAUUAGAGUGCAGAGUCUGAAGAUUGGAUUGAUGUCUCUCUCCAAGGGUCUCUUAGAAGAAAAAUACAGAUAUCUCUUCAAGGAGGUGGCAGGGCCAACAGAGACCUGCGACCAGCGGCAGCUGGGCCUGUUACUUCACGAUGCCAUCCAGAUCCCUCGGCAGCUGGGGGAGGUCGCCGCUUUUGGAGGCAGUAACAUUGAGCCCAGUGUCCGAAGCUGCUUCCAGCAGAAUAACAACAAACCAGAGAUAAGUGUGAAAGAGUUUAUAGAUUGGAUGCGGUUGGAACCACAGUCCAUGGUCUGGCUGCCAGUUUUACAUCGAGUAGCAGCAGCUGAGACUGCAAAACAUCAGGCCAAAUGCAACAUCUGUAAAGAGUGUCCAAUUGUAGGAUUCAGGUAUAGAAGCCUAAAGCAUUUUAACUAUGAUGUCUGCCAGAGCUGCUUUUUUUCUGGUCGAACAGCAAAAGGUCACAAAUUGCAUUACCCAAUGGUGGAAUAUUGUAUACCGACAACAUCUGGGGAAGAUGUUCGAGACUUCACAAAGGUGCUAAAGAACAAGUUCAGGUCAAAGAAAUACUUUGCUAAACAUCCUCGGCUUGGCUACCUGCCUGUUCAGACGGUUCUUGAAGGUGACAACUUGGAGACUCCCGUCACGCUCAUCAGUAUGUGGCCAGAGCACUAUGACCCUUCACAGUCUCCUCAGCUGUUUCACGAUGACACCCAUUCAAGAAUAGAACAGUAUGCCACAAGACUGGCCCAGAUGGAAAGAACUAAUGGAUCUUUCCUCACUGAUAGCAGUUCUACCACAGGAAGUGUGGAGGACGAGCAUGCCCUCAUCCAGCAGUACUGCCAGACGCUCGGUGGGGAGUCUCCGGUGAGCCAGCCUCAGAGUCCAGCUCAGAUCCUGAAGUCUGUGGAAAGGGAAGAACGUGGAGAAUUGGAGCGGAUCAUUGCUGACUUAGAGGAAGAACAAAGAAACCUGCAGGUGGAAUAUGAGCAGCUGAAGGACCAACACCUGAGAAGGGGGCUUCCUGUUGGCUCACCUCCAGACUCGAUUGCAUCUCCUCACCACACGUCUGAGGAUUCAGAACUUAUAGCAGAAGCAAAACUCCUUAGGCAGCACAAAGGUCGGCUGGAAGCUAGGAUGCAGAUUUUAGAGGAUCACAACAAACAGCUGGAGUCUCAGCUGCACCGCCUUCGACAGCUGCUGGAGCAGCCUGAAUCCGAUUCCCGAAUCAAUGGCGUCUCCCCCUGGGCUUCACCUCAGCAUUCUGCACUGAGCUACUCACUUGACCCUGACCCAGGCCCACAGUUUCACCAGGCAGCAGCAGAGGACCUGCUAGUCCCACCCCAGGACACCAACACGGACCUCACGGAGGUCAUGGAGCAGAUCAACAACACUUUUCCAUCCUGCUGCCCAAAUGUCCCCAGCAGGCCACAGGCAAUGUGAAGCAUCCAUCCAGCCGGCUGACAUUUCCUGACUUACAGUAUUGCCCUUUUCUGCAAAUGCCAAUUCCAAGUUCCAUUUAAUCAGAAGCUCCAUGGCUCCUUGACACGUUCUGUUGAGCGCUGACUGUGUGUUCUACUGAAGGAGUAAAACACUUGACUAUCCAAAGAGAAAAGGAUAUUUUGUUUUUAUAAUAACCAUAUAUUAUUGUUUUCUUCUUCCCUUUCUAUGCAACUGUAAAUUAAUGAACAGAGAGAUAUUUGGAAAUAGUAAUACAUUUGUCACUGAUUUGUAUAAUGUAUACAGCAUUGGGAAAGUGGGUGGGGGCUUUCUAAUAUGAUACUGUCUUUUUAAUAACCAUGACAAAAUUUGCGUAAGAAUUAGAAGACCACUUUACAUUUUUACAUUCCUUUUGCUGUCCAUAUUAACCUUGUACAAUGACUUCAUUUAUUUCUUUGACUUUAUUACAUUAUGUUUUGGUUAUUUAUAAUUCAUCUGCCACAUGACCAAAUAGAUUUUGUGUAUUUUUUCUAUAAUUUGGCCAAAUUAGUGAGUUCAUAGACUUAAAUCAAAUAUUUUACAUAUAUAUACAUAUUUAGGUAUAUGUGUAUAUAUAUGUAUGUGUAUAUAUAUGGAUAAGGCAAAAGCUCUGAGUAUACUAUUGAACUUUAUUUGACACCAGACACCUGCUUCUUCAGUAACCACUUGGAUAACCACAAUAAGAAUCCUAAAUGGCAUGACCAUUGGGAUUUUUUCCCCUGCUCUUUAUGCCUUUGUGUAAGUAAAUCUUGAUUUCUUUAUUUAUUUCAUGUCCCAAUCUAUACAAUAAGAGAAGACAGCAUUAUAAUAAUCUCAGAGAACAUUUUACCAAAGGUUAUCCAUUGAAGCAUGUUUUUAUUUUGAUACAGAAAACAGAUGUUGGCACAACAUUUUCUAGUCCUGGGGUCUUGAUUUUCAUCAUUGAAUACAUAGCCAGCUAUUAGCUAUUGUGAGACCAGGACACAUCGAUGUUGUUAGUUCCCCUUGAAGAAAAUUUUGUUGUUUUUUGUAUUUUCCAGUCCUUUUACCAUUCUUGAAACUCGUUUCUGAAAGCAGACCCAAGACCCAAGUUCAGUGCAUGUCUUCUUUUACCUUUUGGGGGAAUGAGCAGAAGUGUUACUACCCUUCACUUAAUCAGUGCAUUUGGGAAGGGUGCUUAUCAAAAGCCUGUGUCACUACUUCCAAAGAAUAAUGAAUGAAAUGCUCAGUUGUACCCCUGCCUCUGCCUAUGAGUGCAUUCAGUUAGGUAUUUGGUUCCUUUUUUUUUUUAACAUUCAAUUAGGUAUUGGAUUCCUUUUUAAAGAACAUUUAAUUGAUUCAUUGUAAACCUGUUACUUAAUUCCAAAUGUAGAGAAACCAAAAAUAAAAAUGAGAAUAAUAUGUUUUGAUUCAAGCAUAUGUGCUUUUAAAACAUCAGGACAUUUUAACUUUGGGUUCUCUUUAACUGGGAUCUGGCCAGGAGGAGGCUUAAAGUUAGAAAUUGCUAUUCUUUUAGAAUAGGUUGGGUGGGUUGGGGGGCAAGGGUCUAUUUGCAGCAUAGAUAUUUUGAGAAGAAGAAAAAUGUUUUAUAUAAGAGGAAAGCCAUGACCACCUUUCUACCUCAGAUCCAUCUUCCUCCAUUGUGUUGGAAAUAGCUUUAUGCUGUGCAGUCUGCAAAGUCUAGAGCUUUUAUCAGGCCAUAUCAUACCCAAGAAAGCACCUAUUUAAAGAAAAAAUUAAAUCCCCUUAACUCAGAACUCCAAGUUGUAGAUUUGGUGUUUUCCUUGUUCUUGGAGAAGUCAUAUGUUAAUUUUUUUGCCUGUAUUUGUAUGCAAAAUGUUCUCUGUCUGCUAUUACAGAAAAGCUACAUAAAACACUACAUUGUAACCUUCUAAGUAAUAGUAAAAAGAAAUAUAUUGCAGUAACAACAAUGGGAAAUAAGUAUAUUAUUCUUUUGAAAUAUGUGGUAAAGAAUAACUCAUAGAUUAUCAUCUAAUCUGGUUACAUGUUGUAUUUUUCAUCCUGAAUAAAAGUAAUUUUAACACAAAAUGACUUUGAUAUUCACUUGUGUUCACUAUCAGACUCUGACCCUUGAAUGCACAUUAAUGAAAAUAAACUAUAGAGUGAGCCUA